GUUGCAGGAAUGAGUCCAACAAACAGCCCAUCACAGCCUGGGGAGACACACCACGUGACGAGAACAAACGCUGUAAUGAAUGAGCUCAUAAAAAAUUAACUUGUGUCACUUGACUACACGGUUGAGCAUUUUUUUUCACGGGUGUUAUUCCCACGCAGCGUCAGCAGAGAGCAGCAAAUGCACCCUCUUCUCCCCUAUCGCUGCACAGUGACAGCAGUUCCUCAACCUUAUUUGAUGAGAAGUUCAUUUAUCAGGCUGAGACGCGUUUUUGGAUCCUUUUCCUCUUGGAGACAUGUCUCUGUACCGUAAUACUGUGUGGUUUUUGAACGGGAUUCACUAUUACACAAGGUAAGUAAAAAUAAAAAUUAAAAACUAUCAAAUCCUAACUUUUGAGAUUAUAAAAACCUAGAAUAAUCAGCUGUCUGCUUUUGUGUGUGUCACAUUUAAAUUAGAGUUUCUGUCUUGUCUGUUGACUAUCUUAUGUUUGUCUUAUAAAAUGCUAUGUUAGUUUAAAACCUACAGGAAUAUAAGCUGAUCACCAAAUGGCACACACCACUGCACAAGCUGGCUUUUAUAAGCACCCACAAUAGUUCCUUUGACCGCCUCUGUUUCUUGAGGACACGUACAUCACCUGAUCCUUCUAGAGCUGGCAUACUGUGUGAAAUUAUUUCAAAUUCUAUCAUUGAUCAGUGUAUUUCUUUAUGUGGCGGUGUAGGAAAGGUUAUGAGGCUGCAGCUAAAGACUUUGAGUCCCAGCACCUGAAUGUGUCUGUUGUGGGGAGGUCUUUUAUGAUCACAGGAGCCAACAGUGGAAUUGGCAAAGCGACAGCUAUGGCUAUUGCAAAGAGAGGUAAGUUCUUGUAAGGUGUGUAGGGGAGAGUGGGGUAAGUUGAGCCACCCCCUGUUGCUUGGAAAUGGUAAAAGAAAUUGAUCAGGUGUGACCAAAUAUUAUGAAUGGGCAUCAACUCAUGGAGUCUUUGAAGGUUAGAAGCACAUGGGUGAAGGAGUUAGACAUUUUUCACUCUUGAAAGUGAAUUUAGUCCGUCAUAAGUUUUAUUAAAAUUGUGUUCAGACCAGAAAAGAUCAUUUUAAAUGUGUUUUAUACAUCAAUUGUGGUGUCUAUGAGCUACAACAUGAGGUUAAAAACCAAACAUAAAAGUCCACCAUUUUAGCUUAGAGGACUAAUAAAGUCAUCAUAGUCGUUCUGGGGUAAGUUGUUGGCUCUCCUGAGAAAGUAAAGGAGUCUGAUGAGAGGAUCAGAGUUUCAGUUCAGAUUGUUGAAAUGUGUUACUUUUUCUUUUCAGAAAUACAGCUGUGAAUGUUCUGAAUCACUUAAAGGCAUUCUCAUGUUAAAAUGGCUUUUUACAAAACAACUUUUUAGCAGUUAUAUGCAAUAAUAAUAAAAAGAAUUAUUGUACCAGUUGAAUAGUGUAUAAUAGAUAAAAAUACACAUGAAUGUGAAGAAGUGACUGUUAUUUAGGUAGAGAGAAGGUGAGGGAGGGCUGGGGUGGAGAGUAGGGGGGGUAGUAGGGAUACGACUCAACUUACCCCGCUCUUAUGGUCAAUUUACCCCAUACACAGGGUAAGUUGACCAUAGGAGACCACUUUUUUUGGCAUGCUAUAUUAUCAAGACAGUUAUGUUUACACUCAUUCUGUUGGUUUGCAGGGAUGCACAUCUUCAAAUAUAAGCAGAUACACUAGUUAGAGACAAAACUAUGAUUGUCUUGAUGGAGUUAUCCAAAAUAUGUAAAAUGGCUCAUCUUACCCCACUCUCCCCUAUUACUCUGAUAAAAUGUUUGAUGUUUUGUUUCCAGGUGGGACAGUCCACAUGGUGUGCAGGAAUAGAGACAGAGCAGAGGAGGCCAGGGAGGACAUCAUCUACGAGUCUGGGAAUACAGUGGGUGUUUUCAGCUUAACUGUGACUGAAGGACAAGAAUGAAGAGAUGAAUCCCAUGAUUUGUUACAGCAGAGGCUGAUACAUAUCUGGUUGUUAUAGGAAGUCUACGCUCAUAUUGUGGAUAUGUCAGAGACACGCAAAGUCAAAGAGUUUGCAGAGGACUUCAAGAUGCAGUACUCAUCCUUAAAUGUGUUGGUAGGAGUUGCCGGCUGCUUUGAUUUUUUGAUAGAAAUAGUGAUGUUGGUGCUGACUGUAUUUUUUCUGCACAGAUAAAUAAUGCAGGCUGUAUGGUGCACAAAAGAGAGCUGAGUGCUGAUGGACUGGAGAAGAACUUUGCCACAAACACAAUGGGUGAGAUGGCAUUCUGUCAGUCAAAGAGAGCCAUGCUGUUUCAUCUUAAAUAACACUUUGAAACAUUUUCCUCCAACUCCUCAGGGGUGUACGUCCUCACUCAGGCUCUCAUCCCACUUCUACAGAAGAGUCGGGAUCCAAGAGUGGUAUAAACACACAGACAAGCACUAACACACGAAAACAAAACGCUCAUCUGUGUCAUGAGGGCAGCAAAAUAAAGCCUCCUCUGUUUACAGUGCUGUAGCGGCUGUUGUCUGAGCACACUGAGCCUCUUUUCUUCCUGCAUGUUAGAUCACUGUGUCAUCAGGAGGCAUGCUGGUCCAGAAGCUCCGAGUUGAUGACUUGCAGUCAGAUAAGGGCCACUUUGAUGGGGUCAUGGUGUAUGCUCAGAAUAAGGUAAGAGGUGACAAAUGGGUUUGGAGUAAACAGGAAAAUAAACAAAAGAUUACCACACUACAUUUUUUUCUUAUAUAUCUAAAGUUCUCAUAACUUUAUGAUUUGGUGUCUGAAAUCUAAGAGAAAACUAUCAAGCAGUAUGUAUUUAAAAAGUCAUGAAACAUUAGCAUUUGCAUCACUAAUUAUAACCCUGAACUUUGACCCAUUUUAGUGUAAAAUGGGCAAAAUGCAGUCAUUUUGUAGCAGUGUUUGAAUGAUAGUUUUGUACCUCGGCUCAUGUCAAAUAUGUGGAUACACAUUGACUUUAUGUGUUAGUCUGGAUUUCUCUGCGUAAUGUGAUUGAGCAGAAUCAUAAAGACAUUAAAAAGUUAUCAAAAGUACAUUUACUGGAUAUGUGAUUGCUAUAGAGGUAGAGGACCUGUUUUUUUUAUCUGAGGGAACUAUGUGUUGUUUCCUCUCAGAGACAGCAGGUGGUGCUGACACAACAGUGGGCCAAAGCAAAUCCACUCAUUCACUUCUCUGUGAUGCAUCCAGGCUGGGUGGACACACCAGGUACCGACCCAAUUUUGUAAUUACUAUCAACUAUUGGUGAAUUUCGCCUUUAUGACUAACAUUAAAAAUGCACUUUUCACUUUGGUUUAUACUGAAAUGACAAAUACUUAAAAGUGGAACUAGUGGAUUUAUUUUAGUAUAAAAAUAAUAAGGUGUCUUGGGAGUCUUAGCCCAAUAAUCACAAUACACAUGCAGCUUACCAUGUUCGUUUCCAGCUGUUGCCACCUCCAUGCCACAGUUCCACCAGAUGAUGGGGGACAGGCUGCGCAGCGUGGAGCAAGGAGCCGACACCGUAGUGUGGCUGGCCUUGUGUCGAGUUUCUGCCAGAUCACGCAGCGGGCAGUUCUUUCAAGGUAAACAGCGAGAAAUCCACAUUCGCUUCAUCAGCAGAUACCACCUCUGACAGACUGUUUGUGUUGCAGAUCGUUGCCCCGUUCCAGCUCACCUGCCUCUGGCCUGGACUCACAGUUCUCCUGAAGAUGUUCAGAGAUUCAUGAGUCAGCUGGAAACUUUGGCCAAAGCCAUCCUGUCACAACCUGAGGAAGAGCACAACAGUCCCAUGAGCGCCACCAGACCUCAAUUUGUUUGAGAUAGAAACACUGACACUCCACAAUAAACGCCUUUGUUUACAUUUUUUUGCAAAUUCCCAAAAUCCUACUGAUGUCAACUCGUUUUAAAUUGCAUUUUCUCAUCCAACAUAUUUGAUAGACAUACAUACUAUCAGGUCAGUGUUGCGAGAUUUGUGGGUGAUUUAAAAGUCUUAACUGGAAUAUCUAUGGAACAACUGAUGUGAAGACAAAAGUUAACCUAUUUUCUUGGAUGAUAUCAUUUGAAGGUACAGAAUGAAUGUAAAAACAUGACUGGCUAUUUGAUAAUAAACAGAUUAUAUCCUGAUUUCUGCUGGA